AGCAUGACCUGACACACUAUGUCGAAGACUUCUCUUUCGGAUGUCCGGAUGGAACAUGACUCUCAGGAUAUUAAAUGUUUUAGAAUCCCUUGCCUGAACUAAACUCCUCAUGGACAUCGACCUACUGCUUAGCAGCGGGGUAGCCUGCUUUGUAGCAUCUUGUGUCCAAACUCCUCAGCUGUUUGCCAGAACUUUCUCACUGGUGAUCCUAGUGAUAUCUGUGUUCUAUGUGAGACUGGUUCUUGUACGGAACAAGAAGCAUGCAAUACCAGCCCGGAAGUGUUUGUUAUCAGGAAAAUACCCUCCCACAAACCUCCCUGCCACUAACUCCCCUGUCACCACGCAGAAAGUAGACUCCCUUAUCACUGAGGUAAUAUCAUUAUCCCUGCGAGACUUUGUGUUCUCAUGGUUCUCCCCUCCGAUGGUUACCAAGACCCAGAAAGUAAGUGACAUAGCUACCAGUCUCUCCUGGCAAAUCGUCUAUCUUACUCAACGCAAACUCAACGAGGUGGACUUUACAACGCUCCUAUCCCAAGAUGUCAUGAUAAAACUAAACUCCCACUUCAAGACAAUCCGGGAGACUGGUAGUCUUCUCUCUGACCAGCAGUUCAAGUUUAAGGAGUACAUUGAUCAGAGUGAGGUGGAGCCGUGCUGUUUGGAGGGAAGCUGUUGUCAUGGUAACGAGGAGAAGAAGUUCUUGAAGAGUGCUGCUGUUGUUAUUUUACAGGCUACCACUCCCCCGAGUAUCUGGCUAUCUCCACUUCUAACAGAGCUGAUGGGGGACGUCCUCUCAAACUACGUGCUCUACCCACUUAUCCUGAAAGUAACAGAUAGUUACUAUCUUUAUUCCUGUAUUCUACCUUACAUCGCCUCCAUGGGCUCACCGAUGAAGGACAGAAAGUUUUUCACACAAGCAAAAACAUACGAAGAUUUCAUCAAGAAGAUCAACAAGGAGGCUGAUUUAAGCAAACUACGCCAGCUAAGAUACAAAGUCAUAGCAGAGAUUAUGCAAGCUAUGACGGUAGAGAACUUGAAACAAGAACAGGAUUUUGAUGGACUUUUAUCCCAGAUAAAUAGUAAAAGUUACCGCCUAUCCACCCGAAAUCUAGCGAGAUACAUCAACCAGUGCAAAGUUGCGAAGGUAACGUGCGAGAAGCGAAUAUACGAUAUCACGUGCUUACAGAAGCGUACCCCGCACUAUGCAGAUAUGAGGUUCCGGGAGGCUGAGACCAAGUUAUUGGAACUGGACGAGAUCAUGUACAGUCCGUACGUCCUGCCCUUCUUCGUACAGUUCCUAGAAAAGCAGAAGGAAUACGGGCCUCUUAAACUCUGGUUGCUGAUAGAACAGUGCAGAACUCUGGAAAAGCGGCCAGAGGAGUUGUAUCCGCUGAUAAAACAGGGCUAUUUGGACCAUCUCACUGUCACGUCCCCUCUGAGGGCUCAUCAGGUUUCCCGUCAUCUGAUCCGAAUGGCAGAAGCGUACGUGGAGCAUAAGAGCGGGUACUGGCAGUUUAUAUACGAGAUACAGGAGGAGAUCUACACUAUGAUCAGUGAGCAGCAUUACAAGCCUUUCCUCAUCAGCUCACAGUACAUGCAGUAUGUGUGCACAACGGAGGGGAGAAGGGGAGUCCUGCAGACAGACUCCGGGUCUGCCUCCUCGUCACGUGACCGAGCCGAGUCCGUCGGGUCAGACUCUCUUUCUGACGACUUCAGUAAGAUAAACAGCCUGAAAGAAGAGCUGAAAUCAAAAGAGGUUCUCUUAGAAACUUUGGACAUAAUGAACUACUGCUCAGCUGAGGAACUGAGCCAGCUACAAGAGGAGAUACAGAACUUGAGAGUUACUAUCAACCAGUUGGAGCAUCACAGUGAGCGGAUGACGUUGUGGUGGCAGUUUCUAGGCGAGUGGGAAGCGUCAGUUGAGAACGUGGAAGCCUCUCAAACAUCUGAACCUCUUUACACUGUGAUUGUGAGACAAAAGAAACACAUCUGUCAGCAAAUCUUACCGUUCAGCAAUAAAUCCAAGUUCAAGCUCACUCAGUUCAAUCUAAAUUCGACACCUCAACAAUCUGCUAGUUUGAUCUGUAUUUGUGCGAAAAGGAGACGUCGCAGUAGGCGUGCGGGCUCUCAAAACUCCCCGACUAAAAGUGGCAGUUCAGGAACCCAAACAGUUAUUCCUGAGGACGAUCAACAUGAUGAUUCUACACAUAACCGGGACUCUUCAGUGAGUAAGAUUACGCGAACAGAAAGCAGAUCUAGCUACGAGUCUCUCAUGAUCGAAAGCAGUUACCGGUCACUACGACCUCACUCUAUCCUGCUCAGCAAUACCAGCGCAGCAGAUUCGGUAUCUAUAAACAGUAACAAUGCAGAUACGACAUCAGAAGAUACCAUCUCAAGAAACUCGGUAUCUGGAGAUAACGUGUCCAUUAACUCCCUCAUGUUUACCCCUGAUCCCCAAGACACCAAUGUAGCCGCGAUAAUGAGGGUCACUUCAUCCGGAUCUGAGAGUAUUCAGGAAGAACCUUCAACGACCCCUACCAUGUUGUCACAUCCUCUUGAAGUUGGAAAUUCUCUGUUUUACCGAAAGAGUUCAGUUGAGACCGGAAAUUCUCUGUUUUACCGAAACAGCUCAAUGUCCUCGUCUUCGCCAGAGCCUUCUUCCUUGACAGAAGAGUCAGGUUCCUUAUCAGUGGAUGGCAUGUCUUUAGCAUCAGAAAGUACCCUCUCUGGAACUAUUAUCUCAGAACUGGAGCAACUGGCUUCAGAACAAGAGGGAAUAACGAACGAAUCAGAAACAUUUUCAAUUAACGAGGAGACACCUAGACUACCAGCCAGUGAGUACCUGCCUACGUCGGACGCCGACCUGUCCACAUUGUCAUUAAGAGAGAGCCCUCCACCAAUGGAGUCUGAUGACGACACUAUCUCAGUCACAUCUCAGGACUUCCCAACUGAUUUCAUGUUUGAUGAUAUAUUCUGUGGAGAUAACAGAAGCACUCGUACCAACUCUGAGGUGUCAGCCUCGGAAAUAGCGCUCUUGGAAGACACACCGUCUACAAAAGUAAGAAGAUACCUCUCCAUCUACACUGAUGACGACAUCCCACCUCUAUUAGAUUCUAAUCAGAGUGACGAUGAGAAGUUAAGAAACCUUUCCAGAUGCGGCAGUGCGAUGAGUAACACUACCAGUAUCUCUAUCGACGAGGAAGGAGUGUUGUCUGAUAGCAGUUUUGAAGAUCCAGAGCCCUAUCUUGUUGUGGAUAUCCAGAGUUUACCGUCUCAGGUUCCCGCUCCUCAACUUUUCCAGGCUAAUAACCAAACGGCUGAUAAUUUGGGUGAGAAUGGGAAGGAAGAUUCUCAGGAGUAUCUGCUUGGCCGAGUUGAGGAGGAUGAGGAGGAGGAGGAGGAAAUGGAGCCUGAGGAAGAAGUUCAGUCAGGGUGGGUUAUUACUCACACUUUAGAUGAGAUUAAGAGUUUGUAUAUCAACUUGAAGGGCUGCAAAAGUGCAGGCUACCCGUCUACAUUCCCUGUGUUAACUCCAAAGGAUGGAGCUCAGAUGGAGGAAAGCAAGGAACUUGUUGGAGAUUUCCUGAACUUUGUUCUCAGGGACAAGACUUUGUCACAAAGUGAACAUGUUUAUAGGUUUUUCAACCCGUCAUGCGAACAACUCUACUUAAACACCCAAUCCAAAAAGAAAGGUGCCGAACAGAUAGACGACAAAAACAAGGACAGUAUAGCGAUUCCCUUCUACACUCUUCUCGGUGAGAUAUUUGAGAUUCACGGUCACCUCCAGUGGCUGAGACGCCAGAUAAUCUUCCUAGUCCGGAUCACGUUCGGCAGCACGAUUGAAAGACAGAUUUACCGGGCUAUGGGCUGGGCUGGAUCCGAACAGCAGGUAUUCUGGUAUAUUCAAUGUUUCAAAACUGCCAUGUGGGGUGACUACCCUGUUAGUACUGAGUUGAGUGACCCGGUUAAGAGGGAACAUUUGAGAGGUAAGGUCCGAAUGUCCCUACUCAAUACUCCUCCUCAUCUUCUUAACGUUCUGUUCGGAACUAAUAAAACUAGAAAGGGGCUUGCUAAAAUACUGGACACGAUGGAGAUGAGAAGCCAUACCAAGCAUUGUGUUUAUACCGUUCUAGAAUUGGUGCUUCUUCAUCUUAUUGGGACUGAUCCUGAGAGAAACGAUCGUAUGAAAUUGAAUUUGAGAAGCACAAAGUAGGUUCUUGAUUAUUUUGAUGGUGUAUUUAAAGAUGUUUUUUAAUUUUAAUAAUUUUCCUUUAAUCUUUUAAUCUUCAAUCUUAUUCAAAUCUGUCGCGAGACUGAAAUUUUAACAAACUGGAUAUUUAAAUUAAUUUUAAAUCUGAGAAAUUCUUCGUAUCCAGUAUCAAUCAAAUUAAAAUCCGCUUGAUGAUCUUUGUUGUAAAUUGAACCGAACAUAUGUUAUAAUUUACACUCAUUAAAGUGUGGUUAAUUUCUUCAAACAUCAAAACUACCAAGUACGAUUAUAUAUUUAGGAGAAAACAUAUUAUACGUUUUAAGAAUUCCCGAUACAUAAUUUGACCAGAAGUGUUAAAUUUUUGAUGUUGAAUGUAAAUUGUGUUACUUUCUCAUUUCAUGCUAAAAUUAUUUCCAAUUUUAAUUGUCAUUAAAAAAAUUAUCUGAC